AUGGCUGUUGCACAGCCUGCGCCGCGCGUAACGCGUUGGAGCUCGCGGCAGCCCGAGCUCUCCCAAAGAGAAGGGAGGGCGGGCUAUUUGGACACGCCUGCCCUCGACGACUUGCCUCCUCAUGAGGAGAGUUUGCCCAAGAGCACCGCAGACUGUUGGAAUCGGCUCCGUGACAAGGACAGAGUCGAAGCAGAGCUGGGUUUGUACGAGACUGGUGGUGAGGAGGAGCUUUUUGAUGCCUCCGCGCCAAGCAGGCUCAUAGCUCGCGGCUAUCGGCGCAUCGUCUUCGGAGAUCAUGGCCCGUAUGUGGAGUUUGAGGCCUCGCAAAUCGUCUGGGAGAAUCUGCCCGAGGUGAUAUUGAAACCCUCGCACGCCUACUACGACGAGUAUUGGGCCCAGGGCGGCUUCGUGAAGCUGUACAAGCAGAAGCGAUCUGUGCAACACAAGCGGAAUCCGCCCACCGGAGGGGUUCGCCAUGACCGAGAGGGUGGCUAUGCCGACUACAAGGUGGGCAUGUGCUACAUCUCCCCCAGUCAGCUGACCGCCGCGACUCGGGGUGCCCGGGCUAGCGCCGACGAUGCGCGCAGCCGACGAUGGAAGAAGUGA